CCGAAGCCCGGAUCGGGUAGCUAGAGCCGGCAGAGCGAGGAGGGCGCAGCUAGAGCAGAGCCUGAGGGGGGAGAAAGUGGCAGGAGGAUAGGGCCAAAGGGUCCAUCCGUGCGGGCUGCGGUGACACAGUCCAGAGGAGGGAGGGAAGGGAGGAAGGGGAGGGAAGAGGGGGUGAUACUGACCCAGCCGGGGUGGGAGACCCGGCGAGGACAGGGUGUGAAACUGACCAGGGGCACCUGACUGGACUAAGUGGGGCCACCUGACGGGGUUGGACGAGGGACGGUCGGCUACGCUGCAGGCGGCCGCGGGGGAAACAGGUGAAUCUGACCCUCCACACGUCCCCCGCGCCCCCAGUAUACACCCAUCCGCCCCACCGGGUCGGCUGUAGCCAUGGACCCAGGCCCCCGCGUCCGCCGUGCCUCUUGUGGCCAGCGCCUGCCCCUCUGCGCCUUGGCGCUGGCGCUGGCAGCUGCGGGCUGUCGCGUAGCCUCCGCCUUCAACCUGGACACCCGGUUCCUGGUGGUGAAGGAGGCCUCGAACCCUGGGAGCCUCUUCGGCUACUCCGUCGCCCUCCACCGGCAGACUGAGCAGCAGCAGCGCUACCUACUCCUUGCUGGUGCUCCACGGGACCUUGCUAUACCUGAUGGCCACACCAACCGGACAGGUGCAGUGUACCUGUGCCCCCUCAGCUCCCAGACAGAUGACUGUGAACGGAUGUAUAUAGAGGAAAAAAGUGAUCCCGGGCAGCACAUUAUUGAGGACAUGUGGCUUGGGGUGACAGUGGCCAGCCAGGGACCGGCAGGCAGAGUGUUGGUCUGCGCCCAUCGCUACACCAAGGUGCUGUGGUCAGGGUCAGAGGACCAGCGGCGGAUGGUGGGCAAGUGUUAUGUGCGGGGCAACGAUCUACAACUCGACUCCAGAGACGACUGGCAGACGUACCACAAUGAGAUGUGCAACAGCAACACAGACUACCUGGGCACAGGCAUGUGCCAGAUGGGCACCAGUGGGGGCUUCACCCACAACACUGUGUAUUUUGGGGCACCUGGUGCCUACAACUGGAAAGGUACCACCUAUAUGAUCCAGAGGAAAGAUUGGGAUUUUUCAGAGCACAGUUAUACAAACACAGAGGACCUAGGGCAUCUCUAUAUCGGGUAUGCAGUACAGGUGGGGAGUGGCAUCUUGCACCCUGAAAGUCUCACCAUUGUGGCUGGUGCUCCCCGGCACCGCCACGUGGGCUCUGUCUUCCUCAUGAACGUGGAGGCAGGUGGGGAAAUUGAGAUGAAGCAGGUGUUGGAAGGGGAGCAGGUGGGUGCCUACUUCGGCAGCGCCAUCGCCCUGGCGGACCUUAACAAUGACGGGUGGCAGGAUCUCCUGGUGGGUGCCCCCUACUACUUUGAGCGGAAGGAAGAGAUCGGUGGUGCAGUCUACAUUUUUAUGAAUCAGGGGGGCAUCUUCCCCAUUCACCCUUCCCAACACCUCCAUGGGCCAAGUGGCUCAAACUUUGGCUUCUCUGUGGCCAGCCUUGGAGACAUCAACCAGGACGGCUUCCAGGACGUUGCAGUAGGUGCUCCAUUUGAGGGUUUGGGCAAAGUCUACAUCUACCACAGCAGCGCCUCAGGCAUCAGCGACCGACCUCAGCAGGUGAUUCAUGGGGAAAAGCUUGGCACCCCUGGCCUGGCCACCUUUGGCUACUCGCUGAGUGGGCGGCUCGACGUGGAUGAGAACUCAUACCCCGACCUGCUGGUGGGGAGUCUGGCUGACCGCAUCGUGCUGUUGCGAGCCCGUCCAGUUAUCAACAUCCUUAACAAGACUCUGGCAGUGAGGCCUACCAUGCUGGAUCCUACUCGCUGUACUUCUACCUCCUGCAUUCAGGUCGAGGUGUGCUUCGCCUACAACCAAAGUGCAGGGAAUCCAAGCUACAGACAAAACAUCACCCUGGCAUAUACCCUGGAGGCAGAUCGAGAUCGACGCCCACCCCGAGUCCGGUUUGCUAAGAGUCCUUCUUCUGUUUACCAUGGAUUGUUUUCCAUGCCUGACACCCGCUGCCAAACCCUUGAUCUGCUUCUGGUGGACAGUAUUCGGGAUAAGCUCCGCCCUAUCUCCAUCUUCAUGAACUACUCCUUACCAGAGAAGCUUCCUGAGCACCCGCGCCUGGGACUCCAUUCCCUGGAUGCCUUUCCUGUCCUUAAUGAGGCCCAGCCCAGAGAGAACCAAACGGAGAUUCAGUUCCAGAAGGAGUGUGGUACUGACAACAAGUGUGACAGUAACUUACAGCUUCAGGCUGCCUUCUUGUCUGAACGGCUACAGCCCAUUAACAGACUCCAGUACAGUAAGGAUGUCCGGAAGCUGUACCUGAAUGUCAACAUAACCAACGUGCCCAGCAGGCACCGAGCUGGGGAGGACGCCCAUGAGGCCUUGCUCACCUUAGUUUUGUUUCCAGCCUUACUUAUCUCUUCUAUCCGCCCUGCUGGAGCCUGCCAGGUCAAUGAGACUAUCGUGUGUGAGCUGGGAAACCCUUUUAAGAGGAACCAGAAGAUGGAGCUGUCUAUUGCCUUCGAGGUCGUGGGUAUCACUCUGCAGACUCAGGACAUCGAGGCUCAGUUGCAGCUUUCCACGUCCAGUCACCAGGAUAACCUAAAGCCUGUGACCUUGAUGCUACAGGUUGAUUAUGCACUCCAGGCCUCACUCAGCAUGGUGAAUCACCGGCUACAGAGUUACUUUGGAGGAACAGUGAUGGGAGAGUCAGGCAUGAAAAAUGUCACUGAUGUCGGGAGCCCUAUCACCUUGGAAUUCCAGGUGGGCCCAAUGGAUGAGGGGCUGGCAGCUUUGGGAACUCUGGUCCUGGGGCUGGAAUGGCCCUAUGAAGUUAGUAAUGGCAAAUGGCUUCUGUACCCCACCGAGAUCAUCAUCCAGGGCAAUGGAACCCGGCACUGCCAGCCACCUGGGAACCUUAUCAAUCCUCUCAACCUCACUAUUUCUAGAGAUGAAGCCCCUUUUCAUCGACGAUGGCGAAGGGAGUUGGAUCCUGGAGAAUCACAGGCACCUCCUCCUAUUACCCUGGCCACUUCCAAGAAGGCAGAGUCAGAGACUCUGUUGUCCUGUGCCAAUGGUCGAGCUCACUGUGUGUGGCUUGAGUGCCAGAUUCCUGAUGUCUCAGUACCCUCUACCAUGACGGUGCAGGCACGAGUGUGGAACAGCACCUUCAUUGAGGAUUACAGUGAUUUUGACAGGGUCAGGGUGGAAGGCUGGGCCACACUCUUCCUUCGAACCGACAUCCUGACCAUCAGUAUGGAGAACAAGACGACAUGGUUUUCUGUGGACAUUGACUCAGAGCUGACCGAAGAGCUCCCUGCUGAGAUUGAGCUUUGGCUGAUCCUAGUAUCUGUGGGAGCUGGGCUGUUACUGUUGGGGCUCAUCAUCCUCUUGCUUUGGAAGUGUGGCUUCUUCAAACGAGCUAGCACUCGGGCCCUGUAUGAAGCCAAAGGGCAAAAGGCGGAGAUGAAGAGCCAGCCUUCUGAGACGGAGAGGCUGACCGAUGACUACUGAGGGGAGGCCCAUCCCUCCCCACCCCACAUACACCCCGGUGUGAUUUCUUCAAACGGACCCAUUAUUAUCGGAUCAUGCCAAAGUACCAUGCUGUGCGGAUUCGGGAGGAGGAGAGGUACCCACCCCCAGGGGGCACAUUGCCCCCCAAGAAGCACUGGGUCACCAACUGGCAGGAUCGGGACCGAUACUACUGAUAUUUUCCUAAGCUUUCAUCUGUGCCCGUCUUCACUACCCACUUCCCCAAAUCCAAUCCCUUUCCAUUCUGUUUAUCUUAAGUUAUGCCUCCUGCUGCCUGCAGGUGGCACCACUUGGUCCUUGGCACCUUUGGGUCCAGGAUUCUUUUCUCCAUCUCCACCCCUACUAUGGCCAGGGAAGUGCCUUCCCUUACCUUCCUAAAUAUAAUCCCUUGCCUCUCCCCACUUUCUUUCUUUCUUUCUCUCUCUCUGUCUCUCUGUCUCUCUCUCUCUUCCCCUCUCCCUUUUCCCCUCUCCCUCUCUCCCCCCUUCUCCCUCACUACACAUACACACAUGCUGAUUACUCAUCCCUCCCUCCUCUAGGCUCCAUUUCCUGCCUUUUAGGUGAGGAGGGACUGUGGACACUUGCUAUGGCCAUGUUCACACUACCCCUUGUGCCUGCAUACAUGUGAUCCCAUGUACAUGUUCAAGGGAUUUACUUGCAUACAUGUGACCGUGCUUGGAAUAUCCCAGUCUUUGCUGGUGCCAAAACCUGGAUGUCCCUCCCCAUUCACUUCCUGCCUCCUUCAUAACCUUGUUUAACCCCCUGAUCCCUUGGGAUCAGGAAGAAUGAAAACCCCAAGGCUUCUGGGGAAAGAAUCACUCUUGACAUUCACACUGGACCUAAUUUGAGCCAUAGCCACUGGACUGACUCUUCUUGGGGGCGAUGAUGACUGCUCAAGUUGGGGCAGGGAUGACCCCCAUCUAAGGCCACUGGCCAUUCACUAACAGCAAAAGAGAAACUUCUAAGGUGGGGAGGAAGUUGACAGGUCUUUGACCAACCAAAAGGACUUCCUUCAUAGCCCCUUUCAAAGACUUGCUCCAUUCUCCCUCUUGAUCACAGACUGAACCUGCAGAGAAUGUAGCAUUCAACGGGAAGGUUAGAAACAAGAUUGCUGCCUGACAAUGGUCACUGUCCACAGUGAAAGAUAUACAAGGAGGUGGGUUGAUGUGAGCAGAUCGGGGAGACUCGGAAGAAAGAAGGGAGAUUGGCAAGGUGGGCUGGGUAUGAGAUGGGAAUGGCCAUCACUUCUCCCCCUACCUUUCUGCCUCACUAGGGCUGGAAAAGGAAAAAAGGCAAUGAUCAUCCCUGGGUCCUAGCAGGGCAAAUGGGGGAAGAAGGUGAGUUGAGGGAAACAGACGACUGAAUGAAUGUAGAGUAGGGCCUGGGGCUUUGGAAACAAGCCCUUGCCCUCCCCAGCUGGACCUCUCCCUCCACCACUACUCUCCAUGACAGCUGCUUCUCCACUCCUCCCUUGUACUCCGCCCCGCCCCCCAACCUCUCACCAUGAUCUGAGAUCACUGGGAAGAGUAUGGUUCUUGGAGGUCAAAGUCUUCAUUAUCAGCACUGGGGCUAAGACACAAAAUACCUCCCUCCUCUGCCCAAGGGAGGUCAAAGGAACCUUGAGGUUAACGCACUCGAGUCUGGUUCCUUGGAUGCUAGGGUUAAAAGCUACUAUUUGUUCUCCUCCCCUGGGCCUGCUAUACCCCCCCUCUUCCAUGGUACUGUAGCAGGGGACUCCCCUCCCCAUCCUCGUGCCUUCACUGUAUAUAGGCUUCUCGUGGCAACCAAUAAAUUGCUUCUGAUUUGUAAGAUAUAGUA